AAAAAGACGACGGGUGUCUAUCAAUGCUCCCUGACGGGCAGAAAAAUGGGCGGGUGCCCCCUAAAUGGAAACUAUGAGUCCCACCCACAUCAGUUAAAAACAGCCUGUAUUGUGACUGGACAGGGAGACACGGCUUCCAGGAAGAAACUGAAAACUGACUAAACCAUGAGCUACCCUGGAUACCCCCCUCAGGCAGGUGGUUAUCCACCACAGCCUGGUGCUUACCCACCUCAGCCUGGAGCUUACCCACCUCAACCUGGAGCUUACCCUCCCCAAGCAGGAGGCUACCCCCCGCAGCCAAGUGGCUACCCUCCUCAACCCGGCGGCUACCCUCCUCAAGCUGGCGGCUACCCACCACAGGCUGGUGGCUAUCCGCCACAGCCAGGAGGCUAUCCCCCACAGGCUGGAGGCUACCCACAGGCACCUCCACCAGGAAGCUGGGGUGGUGGCCCUGCUGGUGGUUAUCCUUCCAUUGGCCUUGACAGCUUAUCCAACCCUGGAUACAAUGCUGGCAUGGCCAACCAGAUCUCUGCAGGCAUGGGGGGUUUUACUCCAAACCCUUCCAUGUUCGCCCAAGCCCCUGGGGGGUACCCACCUCCCCCUCAGCCUGGCGGGUAUGGUGCCCCCUUCCCUAACCAACAGUCAUAUGGCCUGUACCCACAGCCAGGAGGGACCAUGCCCCAAGGCCCAGGGAUGAGCUACCCCGGUCAGCCUGGCCAGCCUAUGCCAGGGUACCCUCGUGCACCAUCACCUAACCCUCCCAUGGCCGGUUAUGGAGGAGCACCAGCGCCAAUGCCAGGGUACCCAAAUGCCCCAUCACCCAAUCCAUCCAUGCCAGCCUACGGAGGAGGAGCCAUGCCAAUAGCUCCACCUGUCAAUAGAGGAUUCAGGGGAACAAUCAAGGACUUUCCUGGAGCUGAUCCUCUCAAAGAUGUAGAGGUCCUGAGGAAGGCCAUGAAGGGCUUUGGGACUGAUGAGCAAGCAAUCAUCGACUUACUGGGGAGUCGCUCCAACAAGCAGCGUGUGCCUUUGCUCCGGGCAUACAAAACUUCCUAUGGCAAGGAUCUGGUUAAGGAUCUGCAUUCAGAACUGUCUGGAGACUUUAGGAAGCUGGUCAUGGCCAUGUUGAAGACCCCAGCUGAGUUUGACGCCUAUGAACUCAACAGUGCCAUAAAGGGAGCUGGAACCGAUGAAGCCUGUCUGAUAGAGAUCCUGUCUUCUCGCUCCAAUGCUGAAAUCAAGGAGAUAAACCGCAUUUACAAACAAGAAUACAAGAAGUCACUGGAGGAUGCCAUCAGUGGGGAUACCUCAGGCCACUUCCGCAGGCUCCUGAUCUCUCUCGCCCAGGGUAAUCGUGAUGAACGAGAACAGGUUGACAUCUCCCUGGCUAAACAAGAUGCUCAGGCCCUGUACGCUGCUGGAGAAAACAAGCUGGGAACAGAUGAGUCCAAAUUCAAUGCUAUUUUGUGUGCCCGGAGCAAAUCCCAUCUAAGAGCAGUGUUUCUUGAGUACCAGCAAAUGUGUGGCAGGGAUAUCGAGAAGAGCAUUUCCAGGGAGAUGUCUGGAGAUCUUGAGAGUGGCAUGUUGGCAGUGGUGAAGUGCAUUAAGAACACAUCUGCCUACUUUGCUGAGAGGCUUUACAAAGCCAUGAAGGGAGCUGGGACCAAGGACAGAACCCUGAUCCGCAUCAUGGUCUCCCGUUCUGAGGUUGACAUGCUGGAUAUCCGCCAGGAGUAUGUUAAAAACUAUGGCAAGUCACUGUACACGCACAUCUCUGGAGACACAUCAGGAGAUUACAAAAAACUCCUAUUGAAGCUCUGUGGGGGUAGUGACUGAAUUGGAAGCAAUGUCUACUACAUUAUAGAAAUGUUCUAUAAAUAUCAGUUUUCUGCCUUAUCUAUGCGCACUAUAUACAAACCGCAAACCUGCAUGCCAAGUCAGUGCUCUCAGUGCAAUGUUUACCUAGUUCUAAGAAUGUUUUACAUAUUGCUACAAAUACUUUUUCUUUUCUAUCUACAGUAUGCACAAAAAAAGUUAUAUAUAUUUUUUAACUUGUGAAACUUUGAUUAUUUGAGUUGCAUAUACAUGGCCAUCCAAUAGAUUUGUCAAAGAUUACAUUUGAAUUUUAAAGAGUUAUAUAUUUUUAAGAUAUUUUAUUUCAAUUGUGCCAAUUUGAUCAGAUAUCUAAUGAUAUCUGGACUGUUUAUCAGCUUGUUCUCUAAUGUUCAGCAAUGCUGAAUAAAGUAUGAGAUAAAGAAUACGUAGCAGCUAAGUACCAAAGUUAAUAUCAAUGUUUGCAACUGUAUAAUCUCUUCUAUAUUUUGUCUACGCUUUACAAUUCUUUGUUCAUCAUAGUUGUGCUGUAUUUACAACAGAUGCUUCACUUUCUGUCAUUGUAGCAUGUACAAUCAUAGCAUUACAUUUCAUAAAUUGUGAUUUUAAUUUCACGAGUCUCAGAAAAUAAACAUUGAGAACGCA